GCGCACCGCCGACCUCGAACUGCUGACGGGAGAGGGAGGACGAUAAUGCAAAGUGCUAUGUUCUUGGCUGUCCAACACGACUGCGUCUUUAUGGACAAAAACGCUGGUAACGGGCCCAAGAGCGAAGAGAAGCGGGAGAAGAUGAAGCGGACCCUUUUAAAAGAUUGGAAGACCCGUUUGAGCUACUUCUUGCAAAAUUCCUCUACUACUGGGAAACCCAAAACUGGGAAGAAAAGCAAACAGCAAACUCUUGUCAAGCCUUCUCCUGAGGAAGCACAGCUGUGGUCAGAAGCAUUUGAUGAGCUGCUAGCCAGUAAAUAUGGUCUUGCUGCAUUCAGGGCUUUUUUAAAAUCCGAAUUCUGUGAAGAAAAUAUUGAAUUCUGGCUGGCCUGUGAGGACUUCAAAAAAACCAAAUCACCCCAAAAGCUGUCCUCAAAAGCAAGGAAAAUAUAUACUGACUUCAUAGAAAAGGAAGCUCCAAAAGAGAUAAACAUAGACUUUCAAACCAAAACUCUGAUUGCUCAAAAUAUACAAGAGGCUACAAGUGGCUGCUUUACAUCUGCCCAGAAAAGGGUAUACAGCUUGAUGGAAAACAACUCUUAUCCCCGUUUCUUGGAGUCAGAAUUCUACCAAGACUUGUGUAAAAAGCCACAGAUCACUACAGAGCCCCAUACUACAUGAGAUCAAAAGGGAGCCCAAAAAUGGAGAACCAUGCAUUUUUUUUUCCUAAGGGGAAAGGCUGUGAUCUGCCAAAAACCAAACGACUGACCUUGAAUUCAGCCUGGGUGUUGAGGAAACAUCACUCAGAACUAUUGAUUCAAAGUUAGGUAGUGAAUCAGAACGCUGGUAACAGCGUAGGAGAAGCUUGCGUUGAAAUGGCUUCUCUUGCUGUGUAUACAACACAGAGGGAAUACGUGGUCUGAACAUGGUGCGUCUCACACUGGAAAUGCAGGGAUGUGAAAUGUAAGAUACCAUGUGAUACUAUCGAUCCAGAAGCACUUAAAAUCAAUAGGUCUGGGAUUAUGUGGCCUUAGCUAGUGUACAUCUUUCCCUAAAUCAGUCCAUGUUACCAUGUAGUGGUUUUAGUUUUAGUGUUAUUCUUUUUUUAGUAGGAAGUAACAUUAAAAUGUUUACUACGUGCAAGAGUAUUGAAGUGCUUUUUGACUACAGAUCAUCAGAACUGUUGUCUCAUGUAACGUUGAAACUGAAACAGUCUGUUUGAAUUGUUAAAUGGUGUGUGAAAUAGAAUGCAUAUGGAAAACUACAGUGUCCUUUAUGAGUGCCAAAAACUGUCUUGAAGGCAGCUAAUCUUUGAAGUGGUCUUUGAAUACUUUUAAUAAAUUUAUUUUGAUAAAUAAUGUCAUUCAACA